GGGGUUUGAGUGUUUGACCACUGCUUCUUUCUACUCCAUUUCUAUCAACCUUUUUCUCUCUCAAAACAAAAAAAAAAAAAAGAAAAUCAAUCUGCCGUUUCACAUUUGACUCUCCUCUCUCUCUCUUUCUUUAGGGUUUCUUAGCUCAUCGAAACGUUAAACCUUACAAUACUUCAAACAUCAAUCAAUACAAUUUGCUGGAGCUCGCAAUUUUUCAAGGAGUGUAUUAACAACAAAGAUGGGUUGUUUCACAGUAUCAAAAAGUAAGAAGAAGAAGUCUGAACAGAGUAUUCAUAUUAAACGUGUGAAUCCUCAAGAACAUUCUCCUACUGCAUUGCCCGAGCCUCAGGUGCAGACACGGUCGUUGCAGUCGGCACCUCCAAGUUUUAGAACUAGAGUAAAACCUGUACAGUCAAAUAAUAGAGUUACGAGCAGUAGGGCACGGGCACUCUCUGCUCCGUCUAGCCUGGACACCGCAGAACAAGAUGCGCUAGCAUCAAAUGAAUGUGAGGAACAUGAUGAGUUCAGGAGUCGUAUUGGUUCAAUCAAGGAAUACCAAUCACCAAGUCCUCAGCCUCUUCCUCUUCCAUCUCCACAGAGUGCUGCUGCCACUCUCAAGACUAUGGGAAGCUUUAAAGUUGGUAAUGCCAGCGGUCCUUUAAAUGCCUCUGGACCCCUGCCACUGCCUCCUAUACUGCCUUCAACAUUGCCUUCUACUGGAGCACUCAGGAACUUCUCAUUUGAAGAACUUGCUGCUGCCUGCCACCGCUUCUCUCCUGAGCGAUGUAUGUCAGAAGGUCUCUCUUCUGUUAUUUACAGAGCUUCUUUUGGAGAUGAUGCCACUGGUGCAAAGAAGCUUGAAGCCACUGUAACCCGGCUUCAUCCUUCUUCGCAGGGGUUGAAGGAGUUUGUGACUGAGGUGAAUACACUAGCUUCUUUGCAACAUCCAUCACUUUGUAAACUGAUUGGUUUCCAUGCACGGGAAGGUUCUGAGCACAGAAUGUUGGUUUAUGAAAGGCUUUUUCAUGGAAGCUUAGACCGGCUUUUAUUUGGGAGGUCGGAUGGUCCCCCAAUAGACUGGAAUGCUCGAACAAAAAUUGCUUUUUGUGCUGCUCAAGGUCUUACAUUCCUGCAUGAGGAAGGACCUUUUCAGGCAAUGUUCCAUGAAUUUUCCACUGCAAAUAUACAAAUUGAUAAGGAUUGCAGUGCAAAGCUCUCGGGAUAUGGAUGCAUUACUCAUAUACAAGAGACAGACAUAUCAUGCAGUUCAACUGCCCUGGCAAAUCUCUCUGAGGAGACUCUGGAGCGAGGAUUGGUAACUCCAAAGAGUAAUGUUUGGAGUUUUGGGAUUGUUCUUCUUGAGCUGCUGACUGGCCGGAAGAAUUUAGGCAGUCGGCAUCCAAAGGAAGAGAGGAAUUUAGUGAAGUGGAGCAAGCUUUUUCUAGCUGAUGACAGUAGAUUAUCGCUAAUCAUGGACCCUCGGUUAAAAGGUCGGUUCCCUGCCAAAGCAGCAAGAACUGUGGCUGAUAUUGCUCAAAGAUGUCUGCAAAAGGAUCCAUCUGAAAGGCCCACCAUGAGAACUGUAGUGGAGCAACUCAAGACUGUACAAGUGAUGAAGUACCCUUCUCGGUUUCCUCUUCAAGAGCCAAGGGCAGUUGGUGUAAAACACAUGUCAAAGUCUCCAAGCCUAAAUGGAAUUAUUACCCCAACAUCAAGAUUGAGCUUCUCCCCUUCACCGCCAACCCACCCUAUAUCUAUUUCUCCGACAAGGACAGCUGCUCCACUGCUGUCUCUACCUUCAUGUUCCUCCAUCCUCUCUAUGGAGGACUUUGAUCGAUUGGAAAAUCGAAGGCCAUCAUCUUCAUCUGUUCGGAGGUCUAGUGUCGAAGGAUUUUGAUCGAUUGUAGAGCACUUUUUUCUUCAAAUUGCUUUUUCUUUUUUGGGCCCUUCCCUUUUGACACUUUUUUCUUCAAAUUGCUUUUUCUUUUUUCGGCCCUUCCCUUUUGACAAGUGAUUACAUGAAAAGAUAUAGAAGAUAAGCACAUGGUUUUCCACCUUCCCCUUCCUCAUGGGAGAAGAUGUGGGGAAUGCCAUUUUGUAAAUAUGGUAUCCAUUUGGUUUGAGUAGUGUUCCCUAGAUCCCGAGGGCGAUAUUAAUAUUGCUUUUAUUGUUUGCAUCUAACCGCCACUGCCUGGAAAAGAAAAGGAAAAAGGGAAGAGAAAGAAAAGAUGAUGGAAAAAUCCAGCUUGGUGCUAUACAAGAAUGUAACUUGCCUUAGAAGGGUAUCUUAAAGAGUAAUUGUUGUUUUUGUACUGUAAAAGAAGGUAAUUUGGAUAAUAAGGUAUCUCAAAAAGAGUAUUUCACUAGAAUUUUGUGAUAGGCAUAAAAAGAGAUGUUAUCUGCUUGACAGCAAUGAGGCUGGUGCAAGCUUGCUACUGCUAAAUCUUUUGAAGGGGAGUAUUAACAGAAUUGUUAAAGUUGUUGUUA